AUGAACGUCUCUCACUUCCUGGCCUUGCUGCUCCCAGGAUCCCCACAGGGUCAAAACAGAAACAGGUCCAGGGGCAUUCCGUACAACUUCUCUGACCACUGCCAGGAUUCUGUAGACCCCAUUGUCUUUAUUGUCGCCUCCUACAGCAUCGAGACUGUUGUGGGGGUCCUGGGCAACCUCUGCCUGAUAUGUGUGACUGUUCGGCAGAAGGAGAAGACCAAUGUGACCAACCUGCUCAUCGCCAACCUGGCUUUCUCUGACUUCCUCAUGUGCCUCAUCUGCCAGCCACUCACGGCCAUAUACACAAUUAUGGACUACUGGGUCUUUGGGGAGGCCCUUUGCAAGAUGUCGGCUUUCAUCCAGUGUAUGUCGGUGACAGUCUCCAUCCUUUCGCUUGUCCUUGUGGCCCUGGAGAGGCAUCAGCUCAUCAUUAACCCAACAGGUUGGAAGCCCAGUGUCUCCCAGGCCUACCUGGGGAUUGUGGUCAUCUGGCUUAUUGCCUGCCUCCUCUCCCUGCCCUUCUUGGUCAACAGUGUCCUAGAGAAUGUCUUUCACAAGAACCACUCCAAGGCUGUGGAGUUUCUGGUAGAUAAAGUGGUCUGUACAGAGUCCUGGCCACUAUCCCACCACCGCAUUGUCUACACCACCUCCCUGCUGCUCUUCCAGUACUGCAUGCCCCUGGCCUUCAUCUUGGUCUGCUACGUCCGUAUCUACCGGCACCUGCGGAAGCGGAAGCGGGUGUUCCGCAAGGGCACCUACAGCUCUCGGGCUUGGCAGAUGAAGCGGAUCAAUGGGAUCCUCGUGGCGAUGGUGGUUGCCUUUGCUGUGCUCUGGCUGCCCCUGCAUGUGUUCAACAGCCUAGAGGACUGGUACCAUGAGGCCAUCCCCAUCUGUUAUGGCAACCUCAUCUUCUUGGUGUGCCAUCUGCUUGCCAUGGCCUCUACCUGUGUCAACCCUUUCAUUUAUGGCUUUCUCAACACCAACUUCAAGAAGGAGGUCAAGGCCCUGGUGCUGUCAUGUCAGCAGAGUGCGCCUGUGGAAGAGUCUGAGCAUCUGCCCCUGUCCACAGUGCACACGGAAGUCUCAAAAGGGUCUCUGAGGCUCAGUGGCAGGUCCAACCCCAUUUAG